AUGGAAGGCUAUAGGUUCUAUAGAAAUAUUUUACAUCAGUUUACAAAAGUCCGCCUCAAAGUUAAGAUGUCUGCUAUAAUAAACGGAAUAAUAAAUUCCACCGUCGGUUUACUGUGCAGUAAAUUACGAGAUUACACUGCAGAGAGACUCAACGAAGGCGAUUUAAACGAUGAAAAAUUCAGACAGGUCGUUGUUCGAGAACUCGAUGAUAUUAAAUCGAAGCUCGAUGGUUUGUCGAGAAAGGACCUGCUUGCCAGUCUCAGCUUUUUCAAAGAAGGAGUUACCAGGUUCUAUAUUUCUCUCGAGACGUCUGGUGAAUUUCGUGAUCAGCCCAGCACUUCAAAAGCACACUUAGAAGACGAAUCUGAAGUCGAAGGCGCAAUAGCGACGAGAGUUGAGCAGUUUCCUGUCACGCAAGCUGAACGCGAUGUCUUAGAAAGCGUAUUUGAACUUUCUGAAAUCAUUGGGAACUUAAAAAUCGCAUCGGAAGAACGCUACAAAUCGGCUAAAAAGUCUUUAGAAAAAGCAAGGGAGCUGGCAACGGAAGCAUUUAAUAACGUAGCGCUGAAUGCUGAAGAUAGAUUGAUGGCGAGCAAACUUCGCAUUGCCAGCAGAAUCCUCGAAGGCUUAGAGGACCCAGAAGCAGCCGUCCACGACUGCUUACUUUACCUCAAAGAGCUACAGGAUUUACCUGCAGUGCAAGCGAUGUUUUCUGUAUGUCGAAAUUCUGAUAAAGGAAUUGCAUCCCGCUUACGAGCUCGCUUCUACAAAGAGGAAAGGAAUGUUAAUGUGGAGUCGAUACAAAUGAUCAACGCAUUAUUGAUAGAUCUCACCCUGAAAUUUACAAACAUCAAGAUGGGUUUAUAUAACUGGCCAACGAUAAAGAUUGGCAAAGAUUUCCAUCAUCCACUGUUGGAAAACCAUGCGCUUCGAGGAAAAUCUGAAGAGAAAAUAACGCAGCUUACUUGGUGCAGUGACUGGAAGUUUGAUGAACGUAUUGACAACGAUGUUUGUGCGCUAACUAGCAAAGGAGAAAUUUUAUCACGCGUGUGGAACAACGGGAGUCUUAAACUCACAAGAAGAAGCGGCGAGCACCAGUUGUUUUGUACCAUUCCCUCGACAAUAUGCUGUUUCUCUGUCGAUAAAAAUGAUAACGUAUAUAUCGUCGCGGAAAUUCCGUCAUUGAAUAGUCCUCCUGGAUAUAAAUUAUUAACCUUGGAUUCUGAUGGUAACGUCAAGGCGGACAGAUUACUUGACGUGAUUGAUGAAAAGCUGUUGUUUCCACAAAUGAAUGUGACCAAAGAUGGUAUGAUUGUUAUCUACUGUCGCCGCAGUGGAACUAUGUAUAUCUGCGACAGCACAAACACCAAGCAAGACUACAAAUUUCCUUUUCUAUUCAAAGAUACACAUUACUUGGUAUACGAUUGUAGCUUCACUGUUUCCAAUAAAAAUGAAAUCAUUUUUACUUUUCGUAACCCUGGUGAGAAACUCGUUUUGUACAUCAUUACAAUUGAUGGUAAGCUAAAACGUAAAGUGCAAGUACCUGUUGAAAAUUAUUGGGAACAUAAUAAGGCAAGGUUUCAUGUACUGAGUGUAGUCUUUAAUCAUGUCAAUGAAACAAUUCUGGCCAGUUUUUACAAUGGUCUUGCCAAUGCUCCUACUACGAUCUUCUGUUUCUCAAACACUGGUGAAUUGCUGCAUGGGUUUAAUAUCGUGGGUGAGUAUCGACAGCUUCUAUCACAUCACGCAAACAGACAUAUAUUGUUGGUCAACAAGAAACAAGCCAUUGUGUUUCAAAUGUAG